AUUAUUCUUUAAUUUAAUUACAAUGCCUUCUACUACAUACAAUAACAAAAUUCAAUCUAGUUCAGAUCUAACACCUGAAACCUUAGAGCGUUUAAAUGAAUACCUCUCAACCUUAGAACCUAAAGAAAUCCUUGAAUGGGCCAUCAAUUGCUUGCCCAACUUGUACCAAACCACUGCCUUUGGCUUGACCGGCUUAGCCACACUCGACAUGAUUAACAAAAUCAGCAUUGAUCGCAACCAACCUCACUGUGUUCCAUUGAUCUUUUUGGAUACACUUUACCACUUUAAAGAAACAUUGGACUUGGCCGAACGCUGCCAAUCUACUUACAAUGUUCCUCUUAAAGUCUAUAAGCCCAUGAAUGUCUCAACUACUGCUGAAUUUGAAGCUGAAUACGGCGAAAAAUUAUGGGAAACUGAUGAAGACUCUUAUGAUUAUCUUGUCAAAGUCGAGCCUGCUCGUCGUGCCUAUGAAGAACUUGGCGUGAAAUCUGUCAUCACUGGUCGUCGUCGUAGCCAAAAAGGUGACCGUGAAGCCAUUCCCAUCUUGGAAGUAGAUGGUACUGGUCUUAUCAAGUUGAAUCCUCUUGCUUACUGGGACUUCCAACAAGUCUGGACAUAUAUUCGCGCUAAUGAAGUUCCCUAUAAUGCUCUCGUUGAUCAAGGCUAUCGUUCUAUUGGUGAUUGGCACUCUACACAUGCUCCUGUUAAUGGCGAUGAACGUUCUGGCCGUUGGUCUGGCCAACAAAAGACGGAAUGUGGUCUUCAUAAAGAUUACUUUAAAAUGCGCGCUGCUUUCAUGGCUUCCAAGAAGAAAAGAGAAACUCAAGUUCAAAAUGCUAUUACCGCCUAAAUAUCUAUUUCUCAUUUUUUCAUAAUCUCGCAUUUACAUACAUAUCUCAUCUUAACUAUUAUUUAUUCCUCGAUAGUAUC